AUGGCGCGGAUCUGCUUUCCAUGCUCAGAGACAGCGUGGGAAAAGACUUGCCCCUUUUCCACGCCCACGGACGACGAAAUUGGAGAAAUCCAAGACGAAGAACGGGAUUUGAUACUCCUCCUCGAAUCUUUGAUGGCGGAAUUCUCUGAUCUGUGGGACACUUCAAAAUGGACACAGAAGCAGUUCGUGUCAAAAGUGUGGCUCCCUAGGAUAGACGAUGUCUUGAAGACGGUUCGAAUGAGCGAGAAAGAGCUGGCAGCGUUACAUGAGAUAGGGGUGAAGGUUGAGCCAGAGUAUGAGGAGAUGCAGAGUGACGGCGAAGAUGAGUUCGAAAACGCCGAAGAAUAUAACCCGGAUGAAGAUGACACCGACGAAGACGACCCUGAAGACUCUGACGCAGGCGACGACUACGUCUUUCAAGCAAACGAUGAAAGUAUUGAGAUAGAAGCAGUAUCCAGCGCGACAGAAGAAGCUCAGACUGAAGGAAAUAUCGAGGCUGCCCCCUCAAGCAGCCAGACGAUCGAAGGUAUUGACGAUACUGAAGUCGCAGAUAUCCUGAGAGAAGCUGCACGCAUCAACGGGCUCGAGGACUACGACGUCUGGUUCAAGAUGAUUGGGAAGCCCGACCCUCGCCUGAACCGAGGGCGUACAUGA